AUGCUUCGGACGCACAUCCUGUCGUCGCCGCAGACGUGCUCAUCGGCUCUUGGCGUUCUCUGUAGCGGCUCGGCGUACACAGUGGCGACACGACCCUUCCACACCACUCGCCUAGCUUUCAACAGUAGUAGCAGUGACAGCACCACUCAGCAGCGCUCAGCUGCGGAUGAGGAUAAGGAGGAGCUAGAGCGGGAGCGGCGCCUGCGUGAACAGUUUGCGCAGAAGAUCCAACAGGGCCUGCCGCGGCCACAAGGAGGUGCCGAUCCGGCUGCUGGGAACAUGGGCGGUGGCUUUGGACUGGGCCCAGGAUGGGGCACGGGUGGCAGUGGUGGUCUCUUUGCGGGUCAGCCGCCUGUGAAUCCUGACGUGGUCCGCAAAAUGCUCAACUUUAUGUUCUACCUCACAGCCCUUUUGUUCCUGAUGUUGAUGGUGCCGCUGGCCAACACAAACUCGCCUUUACAUACGAUGCAAGGGCUGCCGUGGUGGGAGCUCCCGAUCGGCUCAGCUGCCUAUUUUCUUCUGCUGCGUGCUCUGUACUCCCGGCGUGAGCAGAAUCGCAUCAAGACCGAGUUCGAGAACGCAGCACGCGCGAACCCGACUCUCACAUUUGACCAGUUUAUUACGCAGAACUACCCCACCAUGUUUCAAGGUUAUCGAACAUCACAGCCGGAGGUGGUGGCGGCAGUUUCGGCGUGCUUGUCUUCUGCGAAGGAUCUGCGUUUUGCACAGACCAUGGUGCGCGCGGCAGGCCGUGCGAAAGACCCCCGAUCGUCGACCGACGACAUCAUGGACGCCCUGCGCCACGACUUUCCUCAUCUGUUCUAG